AGUCCCCACAGAAUUUGCCUGCGGACGAUUUGUGGACACGCUCGUGAUGCCUUCCUCGCAGUACAGUUCACGCAAUUCAUUGUAACCUGUUACAUCAAUCACAAGUGCUAACACCGUACAGGUUCCUCUGGUCCAAGCAUCUCCAAAGGUUGUCCGAUUUCCGCACUAUAUUCUAUUUUGCUGGGAAUAUCCAUGCAUGGGAAUUCCCCACGAAGGAGCGCGGGUACGAGUUACUGUACAAGAAACCUAUUCCGACGGAACUGGAGAAAGUCAGUAUUAGCAGCAAGUACGUUUGGAAAUUUUGCUCGUGUGAGUUACCAUACGUUCUGAGCUCAGAUAAUAAUCCUCCACGCAAUCGGUGUUGCCUGAGGUGUUGAUAGAGAUGAGGGGUCGAUUGGCUUCCUUUGAAAGUCACUGUCACAUCGCCACGCGCCACUGGUUGUCCUGAGUCUGUCUGCUCCAAGCUAGCCGGCCGGGUUCAUCUUUUCGGGGAGAACGCAUUGAGCAGCUGCAGCAGCUCUUAAGUGCUUCUCAGUUAGGUUGGAAUGUAGGGUAGGAGGAAUUGUCAACUCGUUUUGAUAAGCAGCGACAAUGACGAGGUGCACUAUGGCCAACCCCAGCAGCGAGAGAGGCCUCACCCACAUUGUUAUUUGUACUCUCUUGCUUUCCGCAGCUUUCCUAUCAAGAGUAUCUUAUGGCCAAGAAACUGGACUAAAGUCAUCAAAAUUUCCACCUCCAAAUGCAAUCUUUGCAUUCGGUGACUCGUAUUUAGACACAGGAAAUCACAACCACUCAGCUGGUGUCAAUCGUCCCUGGCUCGCACCAUACGGGAGGACCUAUCCCGGUACCCCUACCGGUCGAUUCUCAGAUGGGCGCGUGUUCACAGACGUCUUUGCGAGCGCGUUGCAAAUGCUGUCACCCAUCGCAUACGAACGACGGCUUUCUGAUCCAAAUGCACCCAAGCAUGGCAUGAAUUUUGCGGUGGGCGGUGCAGGCGUGUUCAGUUCUUAUGGAAUCCUCAAUCUAGGUGGCCAAGUGGACCAAUUUCAGUCUCUGUUGAACACAAUAUACCCGACAGCGUUUCUUGAAAACUCGGUGGUUCUUGUUGGUAUUCACGGAAACGACUAUGGUGCAUAUCUUGUGAAGGGAAACCCGAUCUCUGGACUUCCCAUGUUUCAAAAACUAGUGGUCGAUGAAAUGGUCCGUCAGAUUGAGCGUUUGAACAAACUUGGCUUCAAAACUUUCUACAUCAACAACAUGCAGCCUGUAGGAUGCCUACCUUCAUCAACACGGCCCACCUUCAACGAAUGCAAUGAGGUCACUGAUAGUAUCAUGUCGGUUCCACACAACAGCCUCUUGGAAACAGCCGUCGCAGAUCUGAAACAGCGGUUACCUGCAUCCACCUUCUCACUUUUAGACCAUUACAGUGCCUUCAACACUGUUCUCCGAACUCCGGCAAACUCCGGAUUAUCCGCACAUCCUCUGGUGCCUUGUUGCUUGGGUGAGGGGAAUGCCACUCGGAGCUGUGGUGAAGUUGCGCCUAAUGGAAAAGCAAUGUUUACAGUUUGUGAUGAUCCGAAGAAGUCAUUUUUUUGGGACACGAUUCACCCUUCCCAAUCAGGCUGGACUGCUGUUACGAAGCUUCUGUUUCCCGAUGCAGAUCUGGAACCAUUCCAGUCGUCCAAGGAGAGACAGAGUUGAGUUUAGGGUAAAUGCAUUCACAAAAAAUGGGAUUGCUGUUGAUAUGACAAAGAUGAUGACAAGGAGAUUGUGUACCUAUGAAUAGUGCGACACAGUUCUGAUCGUCUCUCUUGCUGGGUCUGCAGUUGAAAACUUUAAGCAUUAACCAGCAAUUGCUGCUUGUGCGCAGUCGAGUUCGUUGUGCAGUUUAGGCUUACAGAAAAGAAGUCAAGGAAUUAUAUCGUAGACUGAGUUCCAUGUAAAUUGUGUAGUACUUGAUGUCUUAUUUACUGGGAAAUAUCAUAAAACUAUUCAAGCUUG